UCCCUCUCUCUCUCUCCGAUCCUUCUCAUUCGCAUCCGCACCCACCACCGCGGCGCCGCCGGACCUCGACGCUGCCGCGCUAGCUGCUUUGCCCCCUUUCUCCCGUCAUCGCCGCUGCGCCUCCUGGCCUCAAGACUGUCUCCUAUUUCCCAACGCCGAAGCCGCCCCUUAGCCAUCCGCUCUUCCGACGGAGUUUGUUGUUUGAACUGUCCUCAGGGCCAUCAUGGCCUUCAGAUCAAGAGAGAUAUAUAACAAGGUUGCACGCAAGGUAGGAGACAAAAUGGCUCCUGAAGUGCUGGAGUCUAUGAAGAAGCUCAUCCCCAACAGCAAGGUCGUAAUGGAACGCGCCAAGCGUGGGAUCUUUGCUGGCCGUCACAUCCAGUUUGGCAACAAGGUCAGCGAGGACGGAGGCAACAAAUCUAGAAGGACAUGGAAGCCAAAUGUGCAAGAGAAACGCCUUUUCAGUUAUAUCCAUGAUCGACACAUUCGAGUUAAAGUCACCACUCAUGCUCUUCGGUGCAUCGAUAAAGCUGGAGGAAUAGAUGAGUAUCUUUUGAACACUCCCUACCGUAAGAUGGACACGGAGUUAGGCUUAGCAUGGAAAGCCAAAAUUGAGAAAAUGUAUGCAGAGCUUGGGCAAAUGGAAGUGGGCUUCUUCCCACCUGAAGAGGAAGCCAAAAUCAAGAAGGGAUUUGCAGAGGAAGAUGCCGCCAAGAAGGAGGCUCGAAUGGAGGCCAGAAAAGCAAGGGCAAAGCAAAGGCAGAUUAACAGCGGUAUCGAUGGAGAUCAGACAACAAACGUACAAGAACUCGGUGAUGGAGCAAGUGAAGAUACGGCACAUGUGGAGGAUGGAAUUUCCCAGCAAACCGAAUCAGUUAAAUAAUUCGGUUGAUUUUGUGUUUCUCAACUCUGUUCUAUUAAGCCUUUGAAUAAAAAUAGGAGUUACAAGAAACAUUUAGGUUGGCCGCGACAAGGUCCCAACAAUGCCUUUGUAUUCUGUUUGCCACUCUGAUGCUUGUUCAGGUUUGGUCGAGUUGUGAUAGGGCUGGGUUCUGAUCCCGACCGAGAUUAUAUUCGAUCGUAUCGUUCGAUGUAAUUCUUCAUGUCAUUACAGUUCAAUAAGUUGUCUUACAUUAACAGGAUAGACAUAUGGCAGUGAUCCUUCCACAGCAGCGGUUGUCAGCAUCCCAACAGUGGCCUCUGUUGGGUCGUAGACGUCCCAGAAGAUGUGAUCGCUGCUCUUGGAGCAAUAACUGGAGAUUGGAGUGCGAGCAAUCUUGCCUCGCAGCUCUCCCAACCCUCAGCAUGCAGCUUUGACCUCCACGAACCCUUCACAGAGUAGGUGUCGAAAAAGGAGUAGCUGAAGCCACUCAGCUCUGCUUCGAGUUGCUGCAGCAUCGAACUGGUGGCAUUGUUGAACUCCGACGAGAGGAAAUUGGCUUCCCAGUCACAGUCGAAGGGAGGAAACCGUGGAUUCAAUGAAUUGCUGCGGAGGGUUCUUGAGCUUGUCGCCGGAGCUGGAACGCACAUAAUGGAAGAUGUCGACGAGGAAAAUGGAAUUGGACAGCGAGAUGCAUCGAUGAUCCUGAUGCCACUCACAAACACAGGUUCUGGCACCGCCCGAGGCAAAGUUGACGCUGGCGAGGAAGGCGGUGGCGUCAGUCGGAGUUGGAGCGUAAAGAUAGAUAAGCUGGGAGACGGCUAAUCCAAGCUUCUCCGCUGCCACAUUAAGGCGGCGUUCUUGCCGUUGCUGAACGGCCAGUGGCCUUGCGCCCAGCGAAGUCGACGCCAUUGUGGGGGAAGUCGGCCCUGAGCAGCGAGAGCCUCAGGUGGUUGUUGUUCCCCAUGUCCGCCAGUGGGUCGCUGAACAUGUACAUCACCGGUGGCGGAGCGCCACCUCGGCAACCUCCGCACAACAAAACCACCAACGGCAGCAGCACCGCAACGCCGGCCACCGGCUCCGCUGGAGGAGGUGAAGUGGCCAUCAACUAAGUUGAAUUGGUACAAAUCUCAGGGUGGCAGCGAUGCUACUUGGAGUGGGGGCCGCGGUCUGUCCACCAGUCGUUGCUAGUGCGGUGGUUUGCCUUCUCUUCUUCCUCCGCAGAGCAUGCGAAUGGCGUGAGUGAGAUUAAGGUAUUUGGAAGAAGCUAAAUUAAACGUGAUCAGUCGCUUUCUCCACUCAAGUAAACUACACGUUAAAGUUAAUGGAAGAACUAAAAUAUAAUUUUACA